GCUGUUUGUAUUCAUUCGGAAAACAUUGCAAAUGCGUCUUGUUCGUCUCAUUGGCUUUGGAAUAAUAUUGUAGAACUAUUCGCGAAGAAAAAAGCAAAAAAAUGAGUUCACCAAGCUUUCUGGAGCUUCUAAACUGUUUUACGGAAACUAUGAACAAAUCGUUCAAAAUGAACAACAUCGAGCAGUUGAAGGCGGAAUACGACCGAAUCAAAACACCCAGCGAUAAUGACAAAAAGGCCGCCCUCCAUCAGUGCUUCCGUGAUUUGCUGCUAACCAAAACCGAAGACAUUCCGGCUAUCGAACAAUUCAUCAAUUUCGCUGUGGCGGCAUGUCGGCUGGAGAUGACUUCGCCAACCAUUCCGGUGGUGCUGCUGGGGGACAUUUUCGAUGCGGUCACAUUGGACAAGUGCGAGCAGAUAUUCACGUACGUUGAGAAUAAUGUGUGCACCUGGAAGGAGGAUUUUUUCUUCGCCGCCUGCAAGCACAAUCUGCUGCGGAUGUGCAACGAUUUGCUGCGAAGGCUCUCACGUUCCCAGAAUACGGUUUUCUGCGGUCGAAUCUUGCUGUUCCUGGCGAAGUUUUUCCCUUUUAGCGAGCGGUCCGGGUUGAACAUUAUUUCCGAGUUUAAUUUGGAGAACAUCACGGAAUAUGGGGUGGAGGGAAGCGAAAUGGGCGAUCAGCUUGGAAUUUCGGAGGAGAAUGGCACCGGAAAUCAGCUGAAGAUUGAUUAUAAUUUGUAUUGCAAAUUUUGGGCGCUGCAGGAUUUCUUCAGGAACCCCAACCAAUGCUAUAAUAAGGUCCAAUGGAAGAUGUUCGCUGCGCACGCCGGAAGCGUAAUGUCGGCUUUUAGCAGUUUCAAACUGGAGGAGCCAAGGGCCACUUCCAGCGGUGCAAAUAAAUCGCUCCAAACUCCGAUGGAGAUUCCGAUGGAAGAGCAAAUCCGAGAAUCGGGUCAUUUCUUCGCCAAAUUCCUUACGAAUCCAAAGCUUCUCUCCCUGCAACUGUCGGAUUCUAAUUUCCGUCGAUCGGUUCUCGUUCAGUUAUUGAUUCUGUUUCAAUAUUUGAACUCCACGGUCAAAUUCAAAGCGGAUAAUCACUGUCUUACACAGGUCCAGAUCGAUUGGCUAAAGGAGACCGAAAGCACUGUUUAUAAGUUGAUUGUGGAGUCCCCUCCGAACGGUCGCAAAUUCGCCGAUUCCGUCCGACACAUGCUCUCACGGGAAGAGCUGUGGAACAGCUGGAAGAAUGAGGGCUGCAAAGAGUUCAAACGACCGGAGGUGGCUGGUGUCGCAUCCGCUGCGGCGGGAGAAGAUCCAGCACCUCCGCCUCGAGCUGCUCUGAAACGACCCCGUCGAAUGCUGGGGGACCUUAUCCGGGAUUCCACCAAACAGGGUAAAUUUUUCAUGGGCAAUCCCGAGCUGACUCGGCUGUGGAACACCUGUCCCGAUAAUUUGCAAGCCUGCAAAGGAGAGGAUAGAAACUUUUUGCCCACGCUCGAGUCUUAUUUGGACGGUUCGAAGGAGAAACAGGAUCCGUCCUUUGAGUGGAGAGCUCUGCGAUUGCUGGCUCGUCAAUCGCCACAUUUCUUCACUCUUUUUAACAGUCCUUCGUACAAGGUAGCCGAUUAUUUGGAGAGUGUGAGGAAGAAAAUUCAGAAGGAUAAAAUUGAUAUCAAGCAGGAGGUAACUCAGGAGGGUUCUCAUUCGCAAAAUGAUCCGAAUGAGGCAGAAGGAGAGGGAUUUGUGGGCGAGGAGGAAACGGAUCAGAUGGAUUCGGAACUGCUGAAGACGGAGCAACUCACGCCGGAGGACAAAAACACUCACCGCACUAUCACCGUCACGAAGGAACAAAUGGCCGAACUUGCCCCCAGCAUCGGUAAAGACUGGAAACGGUUGGCAUCGAAACUGGGCUACGGCAUUGAUGAAGUUCAAUAUUUUGAGUCGGAAAAUCCCACCGUUGUGGACCAGUGUCGGCAUUUGUUGCAGGUAUGGUUCGAAGAUGAUAUGGACUCCAGCUUGGACCAGCUCGCCUACAUCCUCGAGGGUCUGGAGAUGCUUUCGGCGGCGGAUGCGGUUAAGCAGAUGAUAGCUGCGCUUAGUGAUGAUAAAGUGGAGGAAGUAUCGGAUGAAUAGACACGCUUCUGUUGUGCUCUGGUCGUAUAUUUUUUGUAAUAAAUUUCAUAUUCAUCGCAACUUGAACGAGUUUCGAUAAGAAA